UUGCCUUUUCUCCCAGCUGCUCGCGGUGAGCUCUCACGUGCCAGAGGAGCAGAGGGGAGAGCCACCGCACUGAGCUGCGGUAGCACCAGCGUGGCCAAAGGGCAUUUGAGCGGUGGGCUGCGGCGGCUGCGGGUCCUCGCCACCCCGCGGCGGAGACAACCAGCUCCUGCCAGGUAGAUGCCCACUGGGGAGAGGACAACUACAGCUGAACUGAUGCAUCUCGGCACCUGGUACCAGGCUCAGCUUCUGACAUGAAGAAAGAUAUAGAGUCUUUAAUAGCCCAAGAAAAAGCGGAGAUCGUUGCCAAGUAUGAGAAGGGCAGGCAGGAAGGAGCUCAGAUUGAUCCGUGGGAAGAUGCAGAUUUCACGCUGUAUAAAGUUACAGACCGGUUUGGAUUCCUGCACGAGCAGGAGCUGCCGACCCGCACGGCCUUGGAGGAGAAGCAAAAACAGCAGGAAAUCGAACGUGUGGACAAGUGGCUAAAGAUGCUGAAGAAAUGGAGCAAAUACAGAAACAGUGACAAGAUGUGCCGGCGAGUGUACAAAGGGAUCCCGCUUCAGGUGCGAGGCCAGGUCUGGUCCCUUCUGCUGGACGUCGAGAAGAUGAAGAAGGAGAACGAAGGAAAAUAUGAGCAAAUGAAAGAACAAGCAAAGAGCUUUUCAUCGGAAAUCAAGCAGAUAGAUUUGGACGUUAACCGCACCUUUCGAAACCACAUCAUGUUUCGGGAUCGCUACGGAGUGAAGCAACAGGCGCUCUUCCAUGUCCUGUCAGCAUACUCGGUUUAUAACACCGAAGUGAGCUACUGCCAAGGGAUGAGCCAGAUCGCAGCCAUCCUCCUGAUGUACUUAAACGAAGAGGAUGCAUUUUGGGCACUGGCACAGCUGCUGACCAACCAGCGGCACGCCAUGCACGGUUUUUUCAUUCCUGGGUUCCCGAAGCUGCAGAGAUUUCAAGCUCACCACGAGCAGAUUUUAAGCAAACUGUUUCCCAAACUGAAGAAGCACAUGGACAAGGAGCAGAUGACUACGGGGAUUUACACGACCAAGUGGUUCCUGCAGUGUUUCAUUGACCGGACCCCUUUCACCCUCACCUUGCGGCUGUGGGAUAUCUACAUCCUGGAAGGAGAGCGGGUGCUGACGGCCAUGGCUUACACCAUCCUCAAACUGCACAAAAAGCGCUUGCUGAAGAUGACGCUGGAAGAUUUACGGGAAUUUCUGCAGGAGAAAAUUGCCGCUUCCCUGCAGUACGAGGACGAUGCCGUCAUCGAGCAACUGCAGGUGUCGAUGACCGAACUGCGCAAGAUGAAAUUUGACCUCCCCCCGCCAGCAAAGCCUGAGGAGUUCCCACGGAAACCCCUGGGCCCGGAGCUCUCCCUCAACCCAGUAGCCGUGAAGGGCAACGUGGCGGCCAACAGCCAGAAUGGCCGGGUGGGUGAGCACCCUCCGGACAGGGAGCCCCAUCCCCACAGAGGUCCCGGGGUGCCGGGAGGAACAAUGGCGGCAGAAGCGAGGACUCCCACCCUCCAGCGCAGUGAAGCAGCUGAAGCGAGGGACAUCCACCUGCACCCUCCUGGCGAGGGGCCGCCGGGAGAGGAGGGUCAGGUGGAGCCCGCCGGGGACGGGCAGCCGCCGCCACCUCUUCUGAAGGCAAGCGAGACACAGACCCAUCAUCACCUCUUGCCCACAGCCCUGCCUCCGGAGCAGCCUCUUCUCACGCCCAGCUGUGCCACGGUGGACCAGAAGUUGGUCUCCCUCCCCACCCCAGACGAGCAUGGCUCCUCGGACUCUUCUCUCCAAAAUACACUGAGUCCUCCUGACUCGAGCGCAGCUGAGCUUUCUGCUACGGACCAUGCAGUAUGGCAGCCAAAUCCUGCUGCCCUGCCGGCGGGAGAACAAGCAUCUUCCCUCUGCGAAGAGAAAGCACUGGAUGCAACCCCUCAUCCUCUGCCGGGCAGCUGGCAGCGGCUCUCUGGCGCAUCGCAGCACGCCGGCUCCCCCGAGAGUGGGCUCAGGGAGGAGACGGCCGAGAAGCGCUGCAGAGCAGCGCUGCCACCCAAAACGGACUUGAAGCGCUUGGCAUCCAAAGCUGCAUCCACGGGGGAGCUCGCCAGCCUGCAGCAGAACGGGCCAGGGAGCCCCACCGGCACCGCGUACUGGCCGGAGGGCUUGGGCGAGCUGCCCGCACACGGGCUGGCGGGCGGCAGCGUGCCCGUCUUAUCCGGCAGCGAGUCAGAGGCAGCGGGGCCGAGCGAGGGCUGCCCCUUCCAGCAGGCACCGUCCCCCGCGGUGGAGGGGAACAGCCCCUACACCGUUAUCAAAACCACCACCCCCCUCCACCUGGCCCAUGCGACAGAGCAGGACUUCUCAAACAGAAAGCAGGUGGCACUGCCUCUGCCGGAGACUGGACGUCCCCUGCCUGCCACCUCCAUGCCACCACCUCUUGCGCUGGACCCGGAGGAGGUAGAUGCCCAAAAAAGCCUCCAAAAACCAUUAAACACACUGAAAGCCCCACGACCCCCCCUGAGCCCCAAACCAAAAUUAUUGCCGCAGGUUGCCAAAUCUCGCUCGGAGAACAGUUUCCUUUCAGGCUCUCCUCCCCUGGCAAAGCUGCCCAAAUCGGUGACGUUUUAGUGGGGAUGGGGGGAGGCAAGGGAGAG